AUGGGACCUGGUGCGUUUUCAACAAAUCUCCUUGUUCUUGAUGGAAAGAACUGGAGCAGAUGGUGUGUGCAGAUGAAGGCCAUUUUUGGUUCUCAAGAUGUGGCAAAGAUAGUCAAAGAGGGAUUUCCAGCCCUAGGGGCUGCAACUUCAAAAGAAGCUUGGAAGAUUUUGGAGCAAUGUAAUGAAGGGGCCGAGAAAUUGAAGAAGGUUAGGUUACAAACUUUGUGUCGUCAAUACGAAUUGACGCAAAUGGAGAGCAACGAGAAAAUAGCAGAGUACUUUAAUCAGGUUAUCACUCAUACGAAUCCAAUGAAGGGCUGCGGAAAGAAAAUGAAGGAUAGGUCUAUUGUUGAGAAAAUCUUGAGGACUCUCAAUCCAAGAUUCGACCAUAUUGUGGUCACGAUUGAAGAGACAAAGAAAAUUGAAGAGAUGAAAGUCGAAGAACUUCAAGGUUGCUUAAAGGCACAUGAACAAAGAUUAUUGGAGAGAGAUUCAGAGAAGCCCAAUGAUCGAAAAAAUUCUAGAGGUGGUUUCCGAGGUCGAGGUCGCGGGAGAAACUCUAGAGGUGGAUAUGGAAGAGGUGGUCAGAAUCAAGAUCAAGAAAAAGGUAACGAUGAUCAUUCUGAUAACAGGCAACGAAGUUCCAAUGGUUGGCGAGGAGAAAAGAGAAAGACUGAUAGAAAGAGAAUAAAGUGUUUCAAUUGUAAUAGAAUUGGUCACUUCUCAAUGGAAUGUAAAACAACACCAAAUAGUUCCGAUUAUGGGGAUAAUCAGUCAAAGACAAACUAUCAAGCGCAUAUAGUGAAGGAGGAGAGUAGUGAGGCAUCAGAGGAACCCGUGAUCUUGAUGAUGGUCACCCAACCAGAGAGGUUGAGUGAUGAAAUCUAG